GUUACAUUGAGCACAGUGAUCUGCAGCCUAGCAUUACAGCUCGGGGAUGUUUAGCUCGUAUGAACCGACCGUUAUAGCGACAAUGUGUCGUGCUUCUGCUCUAUAGCCGGCUUAUAUGUAUAUAUAUGUAUAUAUAGCUCCAACAUGAUGACUUACCAGGUUAAUGCAUCGCUACCCACCGCAAGGGCUUUAGUAUCAGAGGGAGGCUCAAAUUGCAGCCAGCAGCGCGGCCCUGAUGCGGCUACACAUCCGACCUACAGGAGCUACGGGAUGAGAGCAGGUGGAGGACAAGCAGCUGUCAGACAAAAUGGUCACACACGGAGGAAACUGCCUGUGCUGCAGCCCCUGAGCAAGUCCAGGGAAUGGCAAACCUUGGUGAGCGGCUUCAUAGUUGCAGGGUCACCGAACUUAGCCAAAGAUGACAGACUGGAAACAGAGGACAGCGACCCGGAGAGGGACAUCUGUGGGAGACACUUUCUUUUUGAUAAACAAUGUGCAAGGUUAGAGAGGACCAGAACUGUGAUUCCCCCGCUGCCAAGAGACUACCAUGUGCACAGACCUGGCAACCUGCAUCCCUUCAGCCUCUCCAAGGAGCUUUCCCACAGCCACGCAAGGCGGCCUUUCAACCUGAGCUACCCUGAGAGAUAUGAAGUGAACACAUCUCCAGCCAUCCUCUUCCCCUCCUCUUUAGUCCUCAAUGGCAGAAACACGUUCUCAGUCGAGAGCUGCAAGCUCAGCAGGCCCAAGGUGAAUUAUCCAACCUCCAACCUACUGACUGUUAAAGACAAUCAAAAGAACCAGUCCUAUCCGGACCCCGUGGUCGGAGCCUCGCGUUCCUUCAUCCACAGGAUAUCCGAGCUGUCCUCCUUGGAGGGUGAGACGGUGAGACAAGAAAAGCUCAAGAAAAUGAAGAAACCCAAAAAACCACCAUCCUGACAAUCAACAUCUUCCCAGUCACACUGGUCAAGGAUCAAAACCCUCGAGUCCGUGCCAACGACCGAUGAACUAAACAAAACAUUAAAGGCGCCAUUUUCGUUUCAGUGGCUUGUUCUGACUGCUUGUUUGUCCUCAGUGGUAUUAGUUUCCAGCUUAACAUGGCUGGUCUUCACGUUUUGGGAUUCCUGACCUGAGCUCCUCUCUAUUAGUGAUUACAUGUGGUAUUUACUGUGGUAAAUUGCAGCGUUUGCUCCAACAAUAAAUGCUGAUGAUGAAUAUUAGGCUAAACAUUUUCUAUUCUGACUCACAGCUGUCAGUAGUUUCCCACUCAACAUCUGCAUGAAAGAUAUUUAUUUAACCCCUCUAAUGGCUUGUAAUGGCUGUUAUGUAAUACCGCCAUAUUUCUUGCUGUAUCAUGGACAUGUUGCAGAAGCUGUCAAGCUUUGAUCUCAUUACAACAGUGUUUCAAACAUUGCUAUUUAAGUGGAAUAUCUAUGUACAUAUUAAAUAGUUUAGCAAAACCAUUAUUGUGCCUUGUUAAACGUCUUCCUGAAAUUAAAAUAAAUUUAUUUUUGUUAUUGUUACGCCUUUUGUUAAGAGCUUUUUCCCUUUAAUGAGUCAUGAUUUUUGUUGUCUAGCUUCCAGAAGGCUAAUAAAGGGAGCUUCCCCCUCCAUUUGGCACAUACAGCACAUAUUGACCAGCGCAGUAAUGAGAAUGCCUAAAAGAUUACAUGAAACAUUAUCUGCAUUCCAUAUCUACAAAACAGAUAGAAAACUGUGCCUCCAGACCCCAGAAUGUGGUACUUUCCCACAUAAUGCAUUGUUUUGUUGCCGUAUGGAGGGCAGCUCAUGUCUCUGAAUAGUCUUGUUCAUUGUAUUUGACAAAGACAGCAGUCACAGUCUUUUUGUUUAGAGAGAAGUGGGGACUUAGUUAUUAUCUGACAAUGUAGCAGCUGGAGUCAUCGUUAGUGCUUGUUUGCAAUGUGUGAUAAUUCAAUUAGCACAAUGAGUGGCCCUGUUAUUUAAACUAUGUUUCAUGAAACAACUUGUAUCCCUGUUGUCACAGU